GCUUGGUUAUCUUCCCAGCUGCGAUUCCAAGGAACCGGGUAGUGCCUACCUGUCACCUUCCAUGCUAAAUUUGGAACAGGAACUUCCCAGGAAGAUUCACAACUAAGGUCCCAUAUGAGCAAGCCAAUUGACGAUUACACCCUUGGAGGACGUUUCAACCAUAAUACUCUUCAAGUUCCACCCUAUAUGUGACACUUUAGAUUGAUCACCUUUUGAACCUGAAUACACAAGAAGGAGAACAUAGUGUCAGGUUUUGAUAUCAAGACUUGCUUUCCUGCUAAAAGGAGCCAGAGAUGCAGUUAAGCAACCUUUGACAGUGAAACAACCUGUAACUAUCAGGAAGGUCACUGUGACUGCAUCUCAUCUGGGAACACUAGGGAAAAACCAAUGUUUUCAUCCAAGAAAGCGAACAUGCCCUCUCCCAUCCUGGAGGAUUCUUUCUUCCCCUUCUCUUUGUCAAACUCUUCCAGUCACCGGAUCAUGGGUCCUUCAAUAGGAAUGGAUGAUCUUCUGGCCUCACCUCAGGAUGGCAGCAGUCCUACACUGCUGGAGAAAGACCUGAUCCUUGCUGCAGAGGUAGGCCAAGCUUUGCUGGAGAAGAACGAGGAGCUGGCUGCCCACAUAGAGCAGAUGGAGAGGGAAAUGGAGGCUGCUCAGCAGGAGAAGCACAUGCUGCAGAGACAUCUGGAGGUACGGGACCUCGAGGCCAGUCAGCGGGAAGCAGAAUUACAGGCUGACAUCACAGGGUUACGUGAGCGACUGGAACAGAAGCAGGUUCAGAGUCGAGACCGGCAUCGCGAGGAGAGCGAGCAACUCGAUCAACUGUCCAAUCACAACCAGAAAAUUGUGGAACAGCUGGCAGAGGCAGUUUCAGUAGAGCAUACUUUGCGCACUGAACUUCGUGCUCUGAGGGAAGAGAUGGAGGAUACAAGUUUCAGUAAAUCCAUAAACUCUGCUAGACUGAACAGUCUGCAAGCAGAGAACAGGUUUACGAAGGAGCGCUGUGCUCAUAUGGAUGAACGACUCAAGUCAGCUCAGGAUGACAAUGAGCACCUGAGAUCUGAGAGGGAUGGACUGAGAGAGAGGGUGAUGGAGCUGCAGACCAGCAUGAAAGAAAAAGAAAAUGAGCUGGAGCAGGAGCACAGCAUAGUGUUUCAGCUGCGCACAGUCAACCGGACCCUGCAGCAAAGGGUUCAAGCCCUUGGAGAAGAGGCCAGUCUGGGCGAGGCUACCUGCUUCACUAUGUCACUACAGAGUGAGAUCCAGCAGUCUCAGGCCAGAGAUACCAUUCUGGCCCAUUCAGCCAUUCUGCAAGAAAAAGAGGAGGAGAUUCAAAAGUUACAGAAAGAGCUACAGUCCAGAGAAACAGAAUUAGAAGGGUUGUGGGAGGAGCUAAGCUAUUUCAGUAACUGUCCCGGUAAACCUACCUAUAGUGUCUUGGAGGAGGAGAUAAAUUUAGCCCGGCAAGAACGGGACGCACUUAACCAGCAGCUUUUGAACACAAUCAAACACAAGGUAGCACUAUCUCAGGAAGUCGAGUCUUGGCAGGAGGACAUGCGUCUGGUGAUCUGUCAGCAAGUUAAACUCCAACAACAAGAGAGGGAAAAGGACAUGGAACGGGUAGCUUUCCAAAGAGGCACUCGCACCUCUAAAUCACUGCGUGUACGUGGGGAAGAUGGAAGAAAGGGGUUCUUCUCGUCACUCUUUGGGGGAGACUGACAAUAGACUGAAAACAGUACAAUAGAGAUUGACAAUGUUGAAGGGAUGGUAGUGCUCACAAAAAUUAAAAAUUUGUCAUUCACUCACCCUCAUGUUGUUCCAAAGCCAUAUGACUUUCUUUCUAUAAACACAAAAGGAGAUGUUUGGUAGAAUGUUAGUUUCAGUCACCAUUCACUUCAUUGUAUGAAAGAAAUAUGCAAUGAAAGUGAAUCAUGACUGAGACAAACAUUCUCCCCAACAUCUCAUUUUGUGUUUCAUGGAAGAAAGACCAGUCAUACAGGUUGUCAUAUGACAUGAGGGCAAGUAGAUUUGUGUAUAAAUAUGUGUAUAUAGAAAAUAAAUUACAUUUAUUCCAC